AUGAGGCCCUACUUCGUGGCCCUUCUGUGUGUGAUGCUCCUGGAUCCCGACCAAGUACAUGCACUGGUGUGCUUCACAUGUGAAAGACGAGCCAGCAACUGGGACUGCCUGAAAACAGUGGCCAAAUGCUCUGAAAAUGACAAGUACUGUGUGACCUCCGUCGCGUCUUUGGCAGUAGGCCUGCUGACCCUGGGAAAGCGGAUCACCAAGCAGUGUUCCCCGACCUGCCCGGAGUGGGACAUGCACCUGGGCAUGGCGUCUUACACGACCUCCUGCUGCCAGAGCUUCUUGUGCAACUUCUGGGGACGUGUCUCACAGCGAUGA